AUGUCAGCCAAACAAGAAUUUCGCAUUCGAGAUUUGAGCACUCGGAGUGUUCUGAUCUUUCCCACUAGAGCUCAAAUUGUUCGCGAUAUCAGGGACAUCACGUUACAGACGGGAACCAAUCAGAUCAUCAUCGAUGGUCUCGCUCCAACCAUCGAUGAACAUUCCAUCAAAGUCGAAGGAAAUGGCUCGGCCACUAUCACUGAAGUAUCCGUUGAUCUUCUUCCUAACCGUGAGGUGUAUGAAGAAGUUUAUUCAUCCGAUUCCGAGUUUGAGGAAGAUACCGAUGAUGAUUCCUCCGACUCCGAGGAUGAAUCGAUGAAGCUUGUCGAUACCAAAAUCAAGCAAGUGAACCGUUUGCUAGCUCAAGAGGUUGAAAAGAUCAACUCGGUCGCAAGUCGUUUAAAAAUUUGUGAGGAUUAUGGGGCUACCGUCCGUGAUAAUCCUCCGUCGCCCGAGCAGUUCGAGAAACUCAUCAAAGCAUAUCGAGAUGAACGUGAGAAGAUUUAUGUUGAGCAUGUAGCUGCAACGGCUGCCUUAGAAGUAACCCAAGACGAAAUCGUCAGAUUAAAGAAAGAGAAGAACAAAUUAACCAAAGCACGAACAAAGGCACAACGGAAAGCAUUCAAACAAAAGAUUAAGCUUCAAGCGACCAGAUCUCGAAAGAAUGCCGAGGCAGCAAAGGAGAAAUUGCGGAUCAAGUCGGAGCGAAGUUUGUUCUGGCCAAAAAAAGUGUACCGCGUCACAAUUAGUAUCGAACCUACGAGCUCUGCCAUGACAUCUGGAUCAUCCCGUCCGAGCUCGGUAGCAAGUGACAUGACUGUCAACAACUACCAAGUCUCCAGUCGACGAGCGACGGAUAUCAUUAGCCUCUCCAUUUCCUACAUCACCUACGAAGUGUCUUGGUCUCCACGCUACGAUCUCAGCCUUAAUACACUGACUAGCACGGGCGUAUUGGAAUAUGCGGCCGAGCUAAAGAAUAUGACGUCGGAAACGUGGCGCGAUGCCAAAGUUCUUCUUUCAACUUCGCAAACAUCCAUUACUAGUUUUAAUGAAUCGAUACCUACCCUGCCGCCAUGGAACGUGCGACUAUUGAAAGGAGGAAGUAGAAAUGCUGAAGCCGCUCUUUUCAGCACCAGUGAGAUCGCAGCCAAGAGAACGGAGUGGGCUGAUAAGAAUAACCAGCAUCUUCAACAACCUCGAUAUCUUCUCUUUGGAUUCGAGCCGACCAAUAAUUUAUUCGCCAAUAAAGCCGGAUUUGCGAACACCAAUUUGUUCAGAAACGCUCCAGACCAAACCAAAGCAAGUCUGUUCCCGCAACCAACCGUCGCGUUUGGGACCGCUACAUCAUCUCAAGGCCCAAAUGCUGGUACUUUGUUCGGGUCCACUGCCUCGUUCCAAAAUCCUGCCCCUACUAGUACUUUAUUUGGAGGUGCCUUACAAGCCCAAAAUACCGCCUCCGGCAGUGGACUGUUCGGAUCUUCACGCCCAGCUCCGGCGCAGAACCAUGAACCUGUUGCUGAAAGCCCCACUACACAACAAGCUCAAAGUAAUUCUCUCUUUGGGAAUGCUCAAGCCCACAUACAUCAAGAACACAGCCUAAAUGUUUCCGCACCGGGGUCAGAUAUAGGUGAUUCCGCAGGGGCAUUCGAAGCUCCACUCGUUCAGCGCCUCCUCUCACCAAAGCCUACCCUCACAUUCGAAGAAGGAGCUUGGGAAGAGUCUGGAAUGUCUACCACCUACGACCUACCUGGACUCAAAACCCUUAUGCCUUCAAAUUCCGUUCUUAAACACAAGAUUGCCAAGAUUGAAUUCAAGAAUAUUGGAUUCGAGCAUGUAGUUAUACCCAAGCUCCGGACUGUCGCAUUUCUCAAAGCCAAAUUACGUAACUCAUCCAAAAUUCCCUUGUUGGCAGGACCGGUGGGAUUAAAUCUGGAUGGCAGUUUUCUAGGGCAAGCUACUUUCCCAAGGUGCUCUGUCGGAGAGAGUUUUAGCCUGAAUCUAGGUGUCGAUCCAGCUAUCAAAGUGGUUUAUAACAAACCCGAGGUGCGACGCUCACAAAGUGGGAUCUUCUCAAAGGAAGACAGCAAUGUCUUUUUACGUUCAUUGUCCUUACGCAACACGAGACUUCAACGAGGUGUCAGUUUAUUGGUUAUGGAUCAAGUUCCCGUCUCCGAGGAAGAGAGACUUCGAGUUGAGGUUUUGGUUCCGCGAGGUUUGAAACCUGACGGUGACAGAAUCCCUACCGGGCUGAACUUGGAUGACGAGAUGUUGCAAGGAGGUCGAGAACGGGAAAGAGAUAGGGACAGGGACAGAAUGUCCAGCAGUGGUGGCGAGAUUGUACGGAGAAGUAAGAAAAUCGAUGCAUGGGGAACGGCCGAUGCAGAAUUAAAGAAGAGUGGAGAGGUUAUCUGGAAUGUAAGAUUGGCCCCGGGAGCGGGAGUUAAGUUGGUAUUGCAAUAUGAGGCUGGAUUUCCAAGCGGGGAGACGGUGGUUAAUGCAUAG